AUGGCUCAGACCAACUCACACUUCAUGCUGAUCUCCUGCCUGAUGUUCCUGUCUCUGAGCCAAGGCCAGGAGACUCAGACAGAGCUGCCUAAUCCCUGAAUCAGCUGCCCAGAAGGUACCAAUGCCUAUCGCUCCUACUGCUACUACUUUAAUGAAGACCCUGAGACCUGGGUUGAUGCAGAUCUCUACUGCCAGAACAUGAAUUCAGGCAACCUGGUAUCUGUGCUCACCCAGACGGAGGGUGCCUUCAUGGCCUCACUGAUUAAGGAGAGUAGCACUGAUGACAGCAAUGUCUGGAUUGGCCUCCAUGACCCAAAAAGGUCAAACCGCCGCUGGCACUGGAGCAGUGGGUCCCUGGUCUCCUACCAAUCCUGGGACAUUGGAGCCCCAAGCAGUGCUAAUGCUGGCUACUGUGCAAGCCUGACUUCAUGCUCAGGAUUCAAGAAAUGGAAGGAUGAAUCUUGUGAGAAGAAGUUCUCCUUUGUUUGCAAGUUCCAAAACUAGAGGCAGCUGAAAAAUGGAUGUCUAGAACCACUCCUGCAAUUACUACGAAGUCAAAAAUUAAACUAGACUAUUUCUCCAACUCAGUUCAGACCAUCUCCUUCCUAAUGAGUUUGCAUUGCUGAUCUUCAGUACCUUUACCUGUCCCAGUCUUUAGAGCCCUGAAAAAUAAAAACAAACAUAUUUUU